AUGCAGGUUGAGUUGGCCUGCACGGCGACAGACGCAGAUGGCCACGAGCUGGCUUACGAAUGGAUGCCACGUUCGCAGCAUGCAAAGCUGCCAGGCGUCACUGGUGGCAGCUUCGCAUCAUCCUUUGUCAAAAUGCGUUUCGAGGAGACUGGCUACUACACGUACCAGGUCGACUGGGUGGUCGUCCAGGACAUUUUCAACGCUACUUCUUCUGCAUCGCUGACUGUUGAAGUCAAGGCCAAGGCUCGCGGCGCGAUUUGCAGCCCUGCCUUUGCACUGAGUGAGACUGAUUUCUUACUGUUCCUGCGUUGCCCUGCCGUCAUUGAGUCAUUGCACACCGUGCAGGUUGGUGUGGGGAUAGACCUUGGAACAACGUACUCCUGCAUUGGCCAAUCUACAACCGAUGCAGCAGGCAAAGCCGCUUGGAAUCCCAUGUUGGCAGAAGAAGACAAAUAUUGCAUGCCCUCCGUGGUGUGCUUCUCCAAAAGAAGAGGUGUCCUUGUUGGUCAGGAGGCCUUGGAUUCACCAGACUGUUCAGGGCAGUAUCUGGUGCGGGAGAGCAAGCGGCUCAUGGGCCUGCCGAGAAACAGCAGUGCUGUUGCAGACCAGAAAGAAUUAGUCCAGUAUGAGAUAGACAACACAAGUCGGUCUGGUGAAGUGGACAGCGCGCUCAUUGUGGGUCUGGAGAAGGACGGCUAUGUCUUUCAAGGGAAAGAGCAGAAGUUUUUGCCGGAGGAGAUAGCCGCAUUUAUUCUCAUGAAGCUCAAGAAGGUUUGUGAAUCGUCGCUGCGCUUGCCAUGCCGCAACGCAGUCGUGACCGUGCCUGCCCAGUUUUCAGAUGGACAGCGGAAGGCUACGCGAGAUGCAGGGAGGCUUGCCGGCUGGAACAUUCUUCGCCUCAUGCCCGAGCCCACAGCAGCGGCUUUCAGCUUUGGCCUCCUUCACGGCCUUGACCCCAAAAAGGAUCACUACAUCAUGGUUGCAGACCUGGGUGGUGGAACCUAUGAUUGCACACUGAUGCAUGUGAAGCACAAGCAGUUCAAGGUUCUUGGCACUGGUGGUGAUAACCAUUUUGGCGGUCGAGAUUUUGAUCGCUGCCUCGCCGACAUCCUGGCGUCCAAAUUUGAGGAUACUGGUGGCAAGGUUGACCCCUCCCUGCGGUUUGAGAUAGAAAAAGUUGCGGAGCAGGCAAAGCGGACGCUGUCGAGCAAGAGCGCAGCCGACGUUCAUCUCAAGAGUGGCGAUGGCACUGUGCUGCAAGCCACAGUGAAGCGCACGGACUUCGAGCAAGGUUGCGAUUCACUUUUCGAUCGAAUUCCAACAGUCCCGCUCCAGAUAUUGAGGGAGAAGAACUUGGAGCCUUCAGAUGUGAACAUUCUGCUGGCUGUGGGUGGGUCUUCCUACAUGCCACGGGUCCAAGAGCUACUGAGGCAACACUUCCCUGACACCGACAUGCCCGAAGCCAACGCUUCCUUCGAUCCGGAGCUUGCCGUGGUGCAUGGAGCCGCUCUCUGUGCAGAGCGGUUGAUCAGCGAUCCCUCUUCGCUGCCCAUGGAUGUCAUUCCACUGUCGCUGGGUGUCCCAGAGAUGCAGCCUGUAGAGCAGUACGUUGUUGAGGAGAGAUCGGCCUCAGGCCUUGAACUCAGCGUCUUCCCGGAGUACAGUAGUACCGAUGAGCACACUCAUGCUUGCGAUGUUGGAAUACGGGUUCGUCCACCAGCAAGCAAUGCUCCGGCUGCUGAUCUGGCUUCGGUCUACGUGAGCAUUCUGAUUGAUGUCUCUGGCAGCAUGAUCGAUCUUGAUGCAAGUGGCAGGACGAAGAUCGACAGUGUGAAGCUCGCCCUUGUCAAUGUAAUCAACAAAGCACGGCCCUCCGUCACCUUUCAUUUCUGCACUUUCUCAAAUCGAGCUUGUGAGCAUGAGCUGCAACCAAUGAGUAUGGACGAUGCAGGCAAGAAAGUCGCAGCUCAGUUUGUGGAACAGUUGCGGCUCGUUGGAUCCACCAACAUGGCAGCCGGAAUCAGGGCAUCAGCGCAGAAUCUCAGGGAGCAGAUCAACCUUCAGCGAGCAACUAUGAUCCUUCUCACGGACGGACGGCCGAAUUCACCGCCGGAGGCAUCUCGGGAACUACAACUAGCAGUUAGUAGUUUCAAGAACACAGGCACCUCCCUUUCCGUCUACACCUUCGGCUUCGGCAUUCCGGGUGAUUCCAACAGCUUGGAUGGUCCUUUGUUGGAGGGCAUGGCAAGGCAAGGAGGUGGCUUCUACCACUACAUACGAGAUGGAGAUGCUGCGGAGGGUGUGUUCGCAGAAAUUCUCGGAGAUGCACAGAAGGUCCGUGCGCAGAAUGUUAAUGUCAAUAUUCGCACGAUGGGUCGCCUUGCAGUCAAUGCGGCGAGUUUGCCUUCCACCUGCUUCCAACAACCGGAAGGCCAAGGGUCUCAACAAGUCCAGUGCAGGCUCAAAGACGUGUCGAUGUAUGACCAAGAGCUUUUUUUCAGCCUUGUUGCUACUGGUGCGGCACCAGAGCAGGGUCAGAUGACGGUCGAGUUGGAAGCAACAGAUGCUGCAACGAGCCUGCGAGGCACGACGACCGCCACAGUUGAGCUACGCCAAUCCAGCCAGUCGGCAAAGAAUUCCCAAAAGGUUGUGGAUGAGUUGUGCCGGAUGAAGUCUAGGGAAUUGUUGAGGCAGAACAACGUGGAUGGAGCCAAGGCGCAGGCUUCUCUGUGCCCUGACAGCAGCUUUGGGGAGAAGCUGGAGCAGGACCAGAGCUUGCCUGAGGAAGAGCGUUUAUCAAAAGUGUCGCUGAUGGACAAGAAAAGAUUCGGUGAUGCCGUUGUCCUGUCAAAUGAGUUCAAAGAAGUGAUGCAUGUGGUGGUACCUCGCCAUCACCUCUAUCCAGUGCGGCGCAGCCAAACCCUUCAAACCUUCAAGGACGGACAGACAGAAGCAUGGAUACGGGUGUAUGAAGGUGAAGAAUCCGAGCCAGCUCUGAACCAUCGAAUUGGAGACUUCACCCUGUCCGGAAUCCCUCCAGGGCCAGCGGGCAGUGCAGAUAUCAAGGUCAUGUUUGCCAUCGACGACAGUGGCAUGCUUACCGUCGAGGGAACCGUGGAGCAGACCGGGAAGACACAGUCUGUGAAACUGAAUGUCGCCUCCAAUGAUGGCCGUCUGAAGGCAACCAGCAUCGAGGAGAAGAAGAAGAAGCUGGCCUCGCAAUACAGCUGA